UUUGGAUUGGAAAGUCUUUCUGCAAAGUCAAGAAGAAGAAAAUAAUAGAAAGCCACAUGGUUAACUCCAGACGGGGUUAAGUUUAGAAAUGGUGGUGAAAGUAAAAUAUAAAGGGGACGCGUAGGUGACGGGGAAAAUAAAGCUGAGAGUCACACAGUCUUCGUCUACAUACAUACAUGCUACUCCACAAUCCGUUCUUUGAACAUUUCUCCCGACCAACUUUCCACCAUCCGCCAGGCAGAGAUCCCAUACUUUUGCUACCUCGGUGUUUCGUAGGAAUUCCAAAAUUUCUCUCAAUUUUCCUCAAUUCUACCCAUCCGUCCAGCCAGCCAGCUAGAUUUCGUUGUCCUCUGCUCCUCCUUCUGCUUUCCCUUCGUACUCUGCUCCUGCUACUAUCCACACUACUAAAGGGUGAAGAGGAGACGGCUUUUGUGCCAGUCACACAUUUGCUCCCUCGACUCACGCAACAACCAACUUUCACUCUCCGACACUCACUCGCCAGCGGCUGCUGAGACAAAUCACACUUUCAGGCCAGUACUCCUCAGAAAUUGUGAUAGCAAAUCACACUUUUGCUGACUUGAGGGGAAAGAAAGUAGAGUUUGAUUUCAAAAGUGCUGCAAAUCUGUCACUUAUUUCUUUGAAAGCUCUCUCACCUCGAAUCCACAUGUGAAUCGUGUCAUCAACAGGAAAGAAUUGAUCUUUGAAUCCAGGUGGACCAGUCACGCUGCGGUUUAGAGCACCCACCAACAAAAACUCAUCAGUAUGGACGGGAUGAGGACGACCAUUAAUAUUUUGGAGUAAAGAGAGGACGAGUGCGGGUUUUAAUUAUAGGUGAAGCCGCUAAUUGAUUAGAAUGAAUAGAAUUCCGAGACUAUUCUUCCUUCCCUCCGGCCUGAAGAAUUAUAUAUUGUAAAUUGUUACGCUAUGUAAUGCUUGAGAAUAUAGUAGCGUGACAUUCUCCAUAAAUUGAAUACCUUACAUACUUUCUCGCAUAUAAAUAUAUUUGUGAGAUUGGAAGAAUGAAGUCGUUAGAAAGCCUUAUACAGGGAAAGCACGCACACUUGAACAUUUGACACUAUUUAAUUCUGGUCUUUAAGUUUAAUUAGCCCUGAUUGGUUCUUCUUGAUUAUUGAACCGGCACAAAUCCUUCCUCAUCAAGGUAUACUGAAAGUCAAAUAGUGAUGUAUGUAUGUAAGUAACCAGACUUUGUCCAAACUCAAAGAGUGUGAACGCACAUAAUAAUAACAAUUGUGGUGAAAAUUACAUAAGUUAUUUACAAAUAUAAAUACUCCUUGUUGUGUGCAGUGACCAUGUAGGCAACAACCUUUGCCAAAGUGACGACACACGAACGAAUAGAACGAAUUUAAGAAUCAGUGAAUUCAAAAGUUUAUUAUUGACGUUGUGGACGAAUGCAGAAAUAUGAUUGGUUCUGAGGAUGAUGAAUUUAUAAUGUUUAAUAUUCAUGCCAUCAGCUCCGACAACCGCAACCGCACUUUUGUGGUCGAGCUGACCACUUUAAUUGCGGCCAUUUGAAUCUAAUUAUUUCAGUUGACUGACAUUGGCUAGACGAUGAAUAUUACGUGAGACUUCGUACUCAUCGAUGUUCUUAACAGGAAUACUUAAUACUUUCACCCAGUUCAACAUUACACAUUAAGUGACUCUUAAAAUACAUUACCCAAGCUCACGCGUAAUGUGGUUCGGCAAGUGUUGUUGAGGCAGUGAAGGUUGAAUGAGGAAAAUAUCAUUCAAAAGUGUUGCUGAUGUCGAAACCAUCAGCAGUAUGUUGGUAUGAAGAGACAGAACGUACGGACACUAUCCUUGAUCGUAUUGGUCGGUACAUACCUCCUCGUCGGCGCUGCAAUCUUUGAUGCGUUAGAGUCCGACACCGAGAAACGGCAGAAGGAAGCUUUGCAGGAUUUAGGAGAAGUGCUCUUCAACCGGUACAACAUAUCCCUCGACGACUUUCGAGUCCUGGAAAUGGUCAUCCUCAAGUCGGUCCCACAAAAAGCUGGCAAUUCGCAAUGGAAAUUCGCCGGCGCGUUUUACUAUGCUACCACUGUGCUUACAACUAUAGGUUAUGGUCACUCGACAACGACAACCACGGGUGGUAAAUUAUUCACCAUGUGCUACGCAGCUAUUGGUAUCCCUCUGGGGCUGGUGAUGUUCCAGAGCAUAGGUGAAAGGCUCAAUCGAUUCUCCUCCUUCGCAAUACGGAACAUCAAAAAGUUAGCAGGAUCUCAAAGCACCGAUGCGACGGAAACUAAUCUAAUUUGCGUGGUGACCACUUUGAGCACAAUAACUAUUGCGGGGGGAGCGGCAGCGUUUAGUCACUACGAGGGAUGGACCUACUUUGAUUCUGUGUACUAUUGUUUUAUUACAUUAACGACCAUAGGAUUCGGGGACAUGGUCGCACUUCAGAAAGAUCGAGCCUUAGACCAGAAGCCGGAAUAUGUAGCCUUUUCCCUCAUCUUUAUAUUGUUCGGUCUCGCAGUGGUCGCCGCUUGUCUUAAUCUCCUGGUCAUGAGGUUCAUCACAAUGAACACGGAAGACGAACGACGUGAUGAAGCAGAAGCCUUACAAGCUGCAGCAUUUAGUAUACGCCUGGAGGGGGAUGUGAUCACGGCAAACGGAUCAAUAAUUUCGGGUCACAUGCCUCAAGAAAUACCCACAUCGGUGGGAGGGUCGUUAACGUCCGUGUGCUCAUGUCGAUGUCCUAAAUGUCCUCUUCGACUCCCUUUCUGUCGAGCUUCAUCUCGACCCCCACGAAGACUCACGCUCACCAAGUCUCCGGCAAAAAUGACCCACAUCCAGCCAUUCGAUAGGAAGUCAGUCUCUGUGGCAGUCUACCAUCGUCAUCCUUACCAAACGACAACAACGACGACGACGAUGGCCGGUAGCGGUGGGGUGACUUCCGGUUCUUCCUCCUCUCGCUACCAUGGAGUCCCGCUGCCUUCCGAAUCCUUCGACCUUAGCCCCUCCCGCACCCCGUCCCCCAUCCUCGAGCUCUUCGACUCCCCCUUCAAGGACUCCUCCAAACGGAUGUCCGUCUAAUAAGAAUCCGGAGAACGAGUCCAUGCGUGAGGGACUUACAUGAGAGUAAUCUUUUUCAUGAGCGUUUGCAUAUAGAGCAAUUUCCAAGAGUCAGCAGCCCGACACAAGUUCCACAUGGAACAAGCACCCGUCAGACUCGCCCUUUUAACUGUGUCAGCCCUCUUAGCUCAGUCGUAGAGCGCCUGUCUCGUAAACAGGAGGUCGGGAGUUCAAUUCUCUCAGGGGGCAUUUUUUUCGAGGAUUUUUUUGUCGCUCUUAUCAUGACGUUUACUUUAAUGAUAAGUUUAAUGGAUAUUUUCUCUUCGUUUUGGUACGAUUAAUGCGCUAGUUUACAAAUUAUUUGUGAAACGAGUUCUUGAAUUCACUUUUAGAAAUUUAGUCAUGAAAUUGAUUUCUCUCGGUAUCAAAGUUGUUACUGUUUUUGGUAUUCAAAUUUUAUACCGGUACGUAAAAAUUUGAUAUGACAAAAGUUUAAUACCCAUAAGUUUUACUGAACGGCCCCGGUAUUACUCAUCACAAUACCGGGGCCGUUUAAUUAUGUAACGCAAAAAUAUGCUUUUCUCAUAUGUAACGCAAAUACCCGUAACGAAACGCAAAUCUAGAACCUGCUAGUCGCAGACUACGAGGGACUGAAUUACUCUCAUGUAAGUUGGUGGUCGUAUUUGAGGUGCAAGGUCCACUGCAUUGGCAAUGUAAUAAAAAAUAGCCCUUCCUUCUUGCAUUUAUUAUUUACUUGCAUUUCCCCAGAUGUUCUUACUUGUCGCAUUUUAAAUUGGGAACAUUUUACUCAUCACCACGAUCAUCAUUUAUGAAAGUUGAGUUACAUAAUCACCAAUUGCAUAACACAUGUGACAUGAGGCGCAUAGUCCUUACUUGUUGGUUUGGCUUUCUCCCAGUUUCAUCCAAGCGAGCAGUCUAUGUAAAUCCACUUGAUGAUGCAGAUGCUGCUGCAGACAGACUUAAUAUUCCUUGCAUCAAUUCUGUUCAUCCACUGCCUUAAAAGGUUUUUUAUUUCUUGAAGGCCUGUGCAGAAUUUCUAGAAAUUUUUGGGGAGGAUCACGUGAAGUUUAAAGUUGAUGGAAAUUUGUUCCAUUAUGUAAACUUUUCAGUUCGGUGCAUUUGAACGAUAAAUUCGCAUUUAGCUAUGUACACUGGCUGCGUAGACACUUUGUGCAUAUAUAUCUUAGGUAUAUGUAUAUUAAGCUUGGAGUACAUGUUACCAGCUUUUAUCUAAUGCAACCAGUGUGCAUACUUUGGCUUCCAAUAUUAUCUCUUUUUUUCUUUGGUGAGCCCAUAAAUUAUCUAUUGUAAAUACAUUUUGAGUGGUGGCCACAGCAUAAUUUCAGUCCAUCCGGAUUGUAAUGUAAUGUAUCAUCCUUACUGGACAGGGAAAAAUGUGAUGGGAGAUGUAUGGAGAGAAUGCUAAACAUACACAAAUCAAGUACAGCCAACGACGACAACGAAGCCAACCAGAUACCAGGGAAAAGGACAGAGCAAUAAAUUAUCCAAAAUUGUCCAGAUUGUGACUUCCAGUCUCGCACAAAACGACCGAGUAAAGUAUUGAUUGGCUACGUCGUCGUAGUUCUGUCUGUAUUACAUCCAAAACCACGAACCCAACCCACAAAUUUGUGGCAUUGGAUAAUAAUAAGUUUUCUAAGUCAAGCGAAUUCGGAUCGCCACACACGAGUUUAUUUUAUUUUCUACAGACCACAGAUUUUGGCAUGGAAGGUUGCUUUCUCUCCUCACCAUCAAUAGUUCGUUGCCCAUGAUUGCUUCAUAUUCAUGUUUAUUCAGCCUAUGUUUGGCUAAUGCUGGGUCGUAUGCUAAAAAUCACACACCUUAUUACACUCGGGUUGGCUUUCUCUAUUUGGAAAUAAAUACGAAAUCCAGACGUUAAUUAUGAAAGGAUGUCCAUGCCUUGUGUAAUGAAUUUUUUGAAGUAUCGCUGCUUGUUUACAUAUGUAAAUACACUUCGAAUUCAUUACUCCCAUAAUUGUACCAUGAAGGAAACCCUCUUAAGAUUUCGAAGACCAAUUUCAAGGCGUCCCACAAAAUUAAUAAUUUGACCCAUGUUUUUAAAAAAAUACACAAUUGUAGAAUAGAAAGGCCAACUACGUCAUAAAACAUAAUUUUAAGACUAAAAGACUCUGUAAGGACUCAAAUUCACGGUUUGGAUACAUAAAUUAGAAAUAUUUCAAAAAAGACAUUUUUAUCUUUGUCCACUUAUACAUGACACCUAGUCAGCUUUGGUUAGCCCGAACCAGGAUUUAAGUGAUAAAUAGUAUUUUGUUUUUAAUAAUUUUUAACUGUAUUUCUAUGAAAUCCUUCCAUCAUGCAUUAUGCUUUGCCUAGCUCAAAAUAUUUACCCAUAAUUUUUAGAGUUAUUUCAAACCAAACUUCACGACAAGUUUCAUCAGCAUUCAUUAUAAACUUUUGGGGCACUGGGGCCAUCCUCUCUCCUUCUUUGUGAAACUAGUUUAGGGAUGCAACGUCAAUAGCAACACUCGCCUAAGUAUUUGUACCCCCUUCUGAACUUAUUAUUUGGUAAGUCAUACAAAAUUUCACUUUGGAUAGGUUGCAUGAGCAGUGCAAUGAAUGAGCAUGGUCGGCCCCUUAAUUUCAGUCAACGUAUUUGCGUAAGUACUGGUUCGGGCUAAAAUUAAUGAAUGUCGUCUCUCUACUGAAUUAAUCGUACAUAGUUGUCUACAUUUUACAUAACAUUUCACGUUUGGCUAUUUUAAACACAAUACGUACCUCAGGUCUCAACUUAUCCAAGUGAGUUAACAACGUCGCCUGUUAGUGAAAGUUAUAAAAUUAUGCAGGAUAUACAUAUUAUGUAAAUGUGUAAUAAUGAAGAUGUUCGAAGGCCUAUAGGCUAGCACUAUAUAUAGUUUUGUAGCACACUCGCAACAGGUAAAAACACACAAGUAUGUAUGUACAAUAGCAUUUUAAAUUAUGUACUUUUUAAAUUAUUGGUAAAAACAACAGCAAAAUCACAACUACACAACUUAAGUUUUAGGAGUCUCGAACCAAAUUCUAACAAUAAUUACACAAUCGUGUGAACCUUCAAUGAAUUUAAUUGUCUGUGCAUCGUGUAAUUUUAUUUAAUUGAUCCCAUUUGACAUGAGAGUACGGGUGAUGGUUAGAAUGGUGGUUAGAAAUUGUCUAGUUUUCGAAAACUUUGUAUAAAUUUUUGCAUUUCAUAAAUAUAUACAUUAAUUUUUAAUAUCAUACACGAACAGAAAAUAAACAGAUAAAAUAUGCAAUUUUAUGUAUACAUACAUAAAUAAUCUCAAAAUAUGAUACAAGCUAAAUACUGUUAAACUACAAACUCAAAAAUUGAUAAGCAAAGGUGAGGUAAAUAAGUUAUGUAUAUAUGAAUAUUAUUCCAAUUUGCUAGAUUAAUGCCCUUUAUGCAACUUACUGAAAUCUAACGAAAUAUAUUACUUACACCAAAAAAUGAAAAAAUGUAACAUAGUGAAACGAAUAAAGUUCGAAAAUAAGCCAUCCAAA